AGGCGCCCCAUUGGCUGGCGAGGCCAUAUAUACGCGUCAGGCGGACUCAGGCCCUCUUUCGGCUCCGCGCCGCCCGGGCCUCCACACGGCGUUGUCAGCGUUCCCUGUCGUUGCUUCCCAAGGGAAACCCCACAAUGUCCGGAGGCCUCGAUGUCCUGCAGAUGAAGGAGGAGGAUGUCCUCAAAUUCCUCGCUGCCGGGACCCACCUGGGAGGUACCAACCUCGACUUCCAGAUGGAGCAGUACAUCUACAAAAGGAAGAGCGAUGGUAUUUACAUCAUCAACCUGAAGAGGACCUGGGAAAAGCUGCUCCUGGCAGCUCGUGCCAUUGUUGCCAUUGAAAACCCAGCUGAUGUGAGCGUCAUUUCUUCGAGGAACACUGGACAGCGUGCGGUUCUGAAGUUUGCUGCUGCCACUGGGGCUACUCCUAUUGCCGGGCGUUUCACCCCUGGCACCUUCACAAACCAGAUCCAAGCAGCUUUCCGUGAGCCACGGCUCCUGGUGGUUACUGACCCGCGGGCUGAUCACCAGCCGCUGACAGAGGCAUCCUAUGUCAACAUCCCCACCAUCGCCCUGUGCAACACUGACUCCCCACUGCGCUACGUGGAUAUCGCUAUUCCCUGCAAUAACAAGGGAGCCCACUCAGUGGGCCUGAUGUGGUGGAUGCUGGCUCGGGAGGUCCUGCGCAUGCGUGGCACCAUCUCCCGUGAGCACCCAUGGGAAGUCAUGCCUGACUUGUACUUCUACAGGGAUCCUGAGGAGAUUGAAAAGGAGGAGCAGGCAGCUGCAGAGAAAGCAGUCACAAAGGAGGAAUUCCAGACUGAAUGGACGGCCCCGGCACCUGAAUUCACUGCUCCUCCUCAGCCUGAGGUUGCAGAUUGGUCUGAGGGAGUGCAGGUCCCAUCUGUGCCCAUCCAGCAGUUCCCCACAGAGGACUGGAGUGCCCAGCCUGCCACUGAGGACUGGUCAGCAGCUCCCACUGCCCAGGCUACUGAGUGGGUUGGCACUGCCACGGAAUGGUCUUAACUUCAGCCCUGCUGUACUGUGAGAGAAAUAAAGGCUGAUUUAGUA